CCCGGCUCCGUGCGCUGCGCUGCGCGGCGGCCAGGCAGCGCCCGUGCUCGUCCGCCCGGGCCACCAUGGCCGACGACUUCGGCUUCUUCUCGUCGUCGGAGAGCGGCGCCCCGGACGAGGACCCCGCCGCCGCCUUCCUGGCGCAGCAGGAGAGCGAGAUCGCCGGCAUCGAGAACGACGAGGGCUUCGGGGCGGCCGACGGGGGCCUGGGGCAGGCCCCGGACGUGGGGGCUGAUUUUGAGGACGUGGGGGCCACGGUGAAUGGUGAGGUCUUUCAGGAAUCCAACGGCCCCACGGACGGUUACGCAGCCAUCGCCCGGGCUGACAGGCUGACCCAGGAGCCCGAGAGCAUCCGCAAAUGGCGGGAGGAGCAAAAGAAACGGUUGCAGGAGCUGGAUGCUGCUUCAAAGGUGAUGGAGCAGGAAUGGCGUGAAAAGGCCAAGAAGGACCUGGAGGAGUGGAAUGUGCGUCAGAGCGAGCAGAUGGAGAAGAACCGAGUUAACAACAGGAUUGCUGACAAAGCAUUUUACCAGCAGCCAGACGCCGACGUGAUCGGCUACGUGGCCUCGGAGGAAGCCUUCCUGAAGGAGUCCAAGGAAGAAAACCCCGGCACGGAGUGGGAGAAGGUGGCCCAGCUGUGUGACUUCAACCCCAAAAGCAGCAAGCAAUGGAAGGACGUGUCGAGGAUGCGCUCGGUGCUCAUCUCCCUCAAACAGACGCCCCUGUCCCGCUAGCCACCCGCCCAGCACGACUAAAGAGCGGGGGGCAGGGGAGGCCAGCGGGCUCGCUGGACAAGCACAGCAGGUUCAGUCGGACGCCAGCAAGGGGCGCUGCUGCCCCUGCCUCCGCUCCCCCGCUCCCUGGUGUGCAUGGCUGGGUUGGCUGGGUUGCUGGUUGUAACCGUCCCGAUUUUCCUUUGCUUAAAGGGUGCAUUGGUCUCUUUUUACACUUAUUUAUUACCAUGGUGGUUCCCUGGGCAGCAGGGCUGGGUUCCCUCCCCCGCUGCCUCCGGGGCGGGGAGCUCGACGCUGACAGGCCUGGCACAGGCCUCUGACACUGCGAGAGAUCCCGGGGUCUCCUUGCCGUCCCUCACAUCAACUCUCCCAUCUCUGCCUCAAACCCAUCCAGCUUCUCCCCCCGGGGCAGAGAGCUGAGCCAGUCCGGUGGGAGCAGACCCAGCCGCCUCCUGCCUGAGAUGCUUGGCCACAGCACUGGGUGAGUGGGAUGAGAGGCAGCAUUGUCUAGUAUCCUAGCAUGGGGCUGGGAGCCAGGACUCCUGGGUUCUAAUCCCAACUCCUCGUGUGUCCGCCUGUAACGGGGGACGAUGCUGCGCUGCCUGCAGGGGGUGGCUGAGACACUGGGAGGGGCAGGGCCGGUUCAUGGCUGCACAGGUGUGACGUUGGCUGGAGGCAGCGGCUGCCAGGGAAAAGGAGAAUCUCAGUCAGGGGCACUCCUGGCGGGGCAGAGCUGAGAGCAUGCAGGAGCAUCUAGGUCUGGGAGGUAGCAACCCCCAGCUCCUCCUCCAGUGUUAGUGUGCGUCUCUGGCAUUGCAGUACCGGAGAGGCAAUGGCAGUGGCUAACCCUGCCCUGGGGAACUCUCUGCCGCAGGACAGUGCUGAGGCUGAGCUCACAGGACUGGGCAUGUGGCUGGCUAAGGGGAGAGGGUAAGGACACCUCGAUGGGUUUGACAAGUCAGGGUCAGGGCUCAGGAGACAUCUCCCCUGGGGAGCUUAUUCCACCACUGCUCAUAAGGGAACUUCUUGUUCCUCCCUCUGGAGCACCUGCUAUUGGCCUAUCAUGGAGACGGGAUACCAGGCUAGAUGGGCCCCUGGGCUGAGCUGCUCCGGCACUUCCUCCGCUCCUAAGUGAAGGUGGCUGGGAGGGGAGUGCUGAGCUCAAGCAGAGCUGCCCUGCCCCUGCCCUGCUGCAGGGGACACGGGCUGAGAGCCCCGUUUGCGCUUGGCCAGGGAGAGAGAACCCCCACCUGCCCACCCCUGCAUGGACUUGAUACUCCCCGAGGAAAAACUCUAGCUCUGGUGUUGGGACUCUGCCCUGCCUCUGAGCAACUGAUGGGCCCUGGAAAAGUAAGGGGAGGGUCUGGGGUGGGGACAGGUACUGGCUGAGGCAGCCUGGCCUAGGGGCUUGUGGCUGCACAUCGUUUCUUCUGUCCCACCCCUGGCCUGCCAGCUAAAGGGACUCCACUCUCCUCCCCCGAGCGAUGCCCUUGGAGGAGGGGGCUCAGCUUCCUCCCCAAGCACCUUCUCGCCUGCUCUGUCAACAGGUGCCUGGUGGGGCCAGGGGGGCCGGAGCCCAUCUGCACUCAGGAGCAGACAGGCACGCUAGACCCACUUCGCCCUGGGGCAAGGACUAGGUCAGGUGUAGCGCAGCGCAGCACGCCUCACAGGGACCUCACGCAGGGCAUGCAGCCUGGGAGGAGACGCUGGCAGGGAGCUUACUGUGAAGUCCAUAAAGCCAGGAGCCCCUUCCAGCCAAUGGGGUGAGGCACAGGGGAACCUCUCUCCCCUGCAGACCCAGCCCUGCCCAUGGCUGCCAUGGGGCACCACCUGACUCUGCCCCAGCUUAGUCCUGAUGGGCAUUAGCCCUGCUGCUCAGGUGGGUUAGGCCAGGUUUAGGGCUGCGGCUCUUGGCAGGAGGAUGCGGCUGCUCCGAGAUGCCAGGCCGGGAUUCCCUGCUCCAGGACCCUGAUAGCAGCAGCCUGAAAGGGCCUCGCUCCUGCCCAAAUGGAGGGUGGGUUUGACUUUUCAUGCCAGUGACAGUGAUGCCUCCUUUCACAGGCUGUGCUGGCUGCUCCCAGGCGUUGCUGGGCAGGUCUGUUAAUUACUGUGUGAGUCAGCAGCUGAGGGUGGUAGCCCAGCCUCUGCAGGGCCCAGGCAGUCCAUGGGAGAGUCCCCCUAUCCUGCCUUGUACACCUACCGGCAGGAAGCAUAGCCUGCGUCCCGCACUCAUUACUAGCAGGGAGCAGGACCCCAGGGUGAGAGCUGGUACUGCUGCUUUACAGAAAAGGGCCCAGAUCCUCCAUCCCAGGUGGCAGCUCUGGCUGUUCUGUGUCCCCCCAGCUUUGGUAUAUGUGACCUCAUACAAAUAAACUGACAUGACUCCAACCCA